UACUGCGGCCGCGACAGCCGCGCAGCACUCCCGGAGCCUGCAGCGCCAGAGACCCUCCCCGCGCCCGCAGCCCCGCAGGGUGCCCUGCGCCGUUCCGCCGCCCCGCCGCCCCCACGCCAGUUCCCGGCCGCCGCCCCCGUCGCGGGCCCCUCACCCCGAGCAUCCGCCCCGGGUGGCGCGUCCCCGAGGCCGCCAGGCCGGUCCUGUCUCCCAGUCCGCCCCGUCCGCUUGCGGUGCCAUGCCAUUCCUCGGCCAGGACUGGCGGUCCCCUGGGCAGAGCUGGGUGAAGACGGCCGACGGCUGGAAGCGCUUCCUGGAUGAGAAGAGCGGCAGCUUCGUGAGCGACCUCAGCAGUUACUGCAACAAGGAGGUAUACAAUAAGGAGAAUCUUUUCAACAGCCUGAACUAUGAUGUUGCAGCCAAGAAGAGAAAGAAGGACAUGCUGAAUAGCAAAACCAAAACUCAGUAUUUCCACCAAGAAAAAUGGAUCUAUGUUCACAAAGGAAGCACGAAAGAGCGCCAUGGAUAUUGUACUCUGGGGGAAGCUUUCAACAGACUGGACUUCUCAACUGCCAUUCUGGAUUCCAGACGAUUUAACUACGUGGUCCGGCUGUUGGAGCUGAUAGCAAAGUCACAGCUCACAUCCCUGAGUGGCAUCGCCCAAAAGAACUUCAUGAAUAUUUUGGAAAAAGUGGUACUGAAAGUCCUUGAAGACCAGCAAAACAUUAGACUAAUAAGGGAGCUACUCCAGACCCUCUACACGUCCCUAUGUACACUGGUCCAAAGAGUCGGCAAGUCUGUGCUGGUCGGGAACAUUAACAUGUGGGUGUAUCGGAUGGAGACGAUUCUCCACUGGCAGCAGCAACUGAACAACAUUCAGAUCACCAGGCCUGCCUUCAAAGGCCUCACCUUCACUGACCUGCCUUUGUGCCUACAACUGAACAUCAUGCAGAGGCUGAGCGACGGCCGGGACCUGGUCAGCCUGGGCCAGGCGGCCCCCGACCUGCACGUGCUCAGCGAAGACCGGCUGCUGUGGAAGAAACUCUGCCAGUACCACUUCUCCGAGCGGCAGAUCCGCAAACGAUUAAUUCUGUCAGACAAAGGGCAGCUGGAUUGGAAGAAGAUGUAUUUUAAACUUGUCCGAUGUUACCCAAGGAAAGAACAGUAUGGAGAUACCCUUCAGCUUUGCAAACACUGUCACAUCCUUUCCUGGAAGGGCACUGACCAUCCGUGCACUGCCAAUAACCCAGAGAGCUGCUCCGUUUCACUUUCACCCCAAGACUUUAUCAACUUGUUCAAGUUCUGAACCCCAGCACAUGACAACACUUCAGAAGGAUCCCCCUGCUGCCUGGAGAGCUGGGAAUAUGGCAUUUGGACACUUCGUUUGUAAAUAGUGUACAUUUUAAACACUGGCUCGAAUCUUCAGAGAUAAGUCAUGGAGAGGACAUUGGAGGGGAGAAACGCAGUUGCUGACGGGGAAUUUAAGAAUGUGAACUGCUCACUAGGAUUGGUAUGGAAAAGCAGAAAUACUGUAAAUAAACUUUUUUUCUAACAAUUUGCCAGCAAGGCUAUAAGGGCAAUAAUUCUGUUUCAGCGGUGAAAAUGGAAUUCUCUUGAUGUUCACGGAAACUCCUUUAGAGCUCCCUAGGAAGAAAAGGGCAAAACUCAAAUACAAAAUAGAAUGCUUUGUUUACAAUGUGAAAGUGUGUUUAGAGAAAAAAAAGAAGAAGAAAGAAAACUGCAUAGGAGAAACCCUUGGGCUUUAGGGUUUGAUCUGGUGUUUGUUUUGAGAAGGCGGAGGAAGCGCCACCCAUCGUAAACCUGCAUGGGCACAGAACCUUACCCUACAGAGAUACCACACAAUGGUCUACCUCUAAAAGCGUAGAGUGCCCUCUCUGACAACGCAUGUGAUCCAGUAGGCAGUGUCUGCUUUUCUUGUAAGUGUUUUCAUCACUAUAAAAAGUGAUUUAAAAUGGAAAGGGAUAUUGGAGGCAACCGUCCUCUGGUUUCAGACUUCCUUUUCAGGCAAACAGGGCCCUCCUUGGAGUUGUCUGUUUACCAGAACAACCCCAAAGUACAUGUUCCUUUUUUCCUGUCAUGUUGUAGCUCACUGGGGGGAAGAGAAGGCUAAUUUAAAACAGUCUCCAGGGGAGAAUCGCUUGAGCCCAGGAGUUCGAGGUUUGUAGUGAGCUAUGGUCGUGCCACUGCACUCCAGCCUGUCUCUAAAACAAAACAAAACAAAACAAAAAAAGCUGUCCCAGAGGACAUCCUGCUGCAGAAAAGAUGAUAGAAUUAGUCACCCAAUAAAAUAGCUGUGAAGACUUCCUUAUUCCUGCUUAACUUCCUUCCUUGGGUAUCUUCAUGGAUAACUGUGGACUGAGUGGGGCUGGAGCGCUGAGGCUUGAAAGACAGGUUUUACAAUCAGCCAGUUAAACAGCUUACCAAUUGCUGUUCCCCUUGUCAGGGAGAUGAGCUGAGGAGCUUCUUUUCUUUAGGGCCAACAUCAAAAUGAGUCCAUCUGAGCUGGGGCUUUUUGCAAAGGUGGGCGAUUAAAAAUCAAGGCUGGAGUUCCAGCUAAUAGGGAGGAGAGGUACCACAAGUUCAUCUUAAAUUUGCUUCUGGGAUGGGUAGUUAAAACACGAAGAUUCCAAGGGGAUCUUGCGAGGCAAAUAUCAGCAGUUAACUGUGGAAGAAAGGAAAUCUCAGGACCUAAUGAGUUCAUUGUAAAAUAUUCCUGGGAGCAGAUGGGGGGUGUUUUUUUCACUUUUUAUAGAAUAUUGUUGCUUUCCUACAACAGUGUACAUAUAUUUGCAGUUGUAUAUGCUUUUUUUUUUCCAAAUAAAGUUUGCAUGCCCUUGGCAAAUAAGUGAAGCAGAAAUAGGAACCUGGUCCACAUUCAAGUUGAGGAACGGUGUGUCUUUAAGAGGUGACCUUUGGGGUGACCUGGAAAGGGGGAAUAUGGCUAAGCAUGAAGAGAAAUGAGGAAAGAGACAAGCUAGUGAUAGAACACCUCUUAAUCCCCGCCCUCAAUAGCACACUACCCACGUAUCAGCUUUCUGAAGAGAAGGGACCUACUCUUCUGUACUCCUCACUUUGCAAUGUUUGUGCUUACACCGGGAUGUCUCAGGUUUUUUUUCAUUAUCAUCCCCCAAAGGAGAAAAAAAUUACAUUGAAUUUAAAUUUUCCCUAAUAAGAAAAAUUAAAUAUGAAAGAAUAGGAUUUUGUUGGGUAAGACUGAGCUUUGGAGGGUCACGAACCACUGUAAUAUCUAAGGUUUUGUUUUGUUUUGGUUUUUGUUUUUUUUGCAGUCCCCCUCCCCUGAAUCAAUCUCACAUUGGGAAUGCGGGACCUAGACUGUUGAAUAAAAAGCUACUUCUUCCGUAAUUGUCAGGUUCGCUCCAAUUUUUCAGCAGCUUCCCUAAAGACAUGGGGUGGAGCUGGGUGUGCCGUCACUGAGAGAGUCCUGGAAACUUUGACUCUCAGUGACAUUUUUAGAUUUAGGGGUUCGUGACCUUCCACAUCUCGCCAUCAACUUGUGAUCUCUGUCCCUUCAUGCUGAUCAAGAAAGUAGAAACUCCUCAUCGCCUUCAGGUUUGCAGUCCCAGAAACAUUGCCUGCUGUGGACUGUCAGCACAAAACUGGGACAGUGGUCUCAGUUAGACUGUCAGCAGUGCACAUACCUGCACGAUCAACCCCAGGCAACCAUGUGCAUCUGUGCAAGACGACCCCUGCCCCAAGAGAAGGGUUACGGACUUCUGAAAUGUUUACCAAGAUGGUGCCGGUGGGCUCUCCCCUUGUCCUUCGGUGUUAUUGGAGCUGGUGUAUGACACAGUCAAGGAAAUUUUUUAAGGAAAAUGAAAAAGAAAUCAACCUUUGUGGUUCUCUUUCAUUGGAAGGGGAGAAUAAGGAAGAAAAUGGCAAGUAGAGAGGGAGAGGGAAAGGAAUGGAAGUGGCAUGUCUUUAAUGUUGUGGCUUGUGUGGGGAUGAUGGGAACAGCACAGCAGGCACAGUGUAUGUGUUAGUGCCACGUGGUCUCUGUUAACUAUGGCCAGAGCCUCACAUAUAAGUAAGUAGAGUUAAGACAAUUCUUGCUCUUUGAACAAUAAUAUUAGCAAACCAUCCCAGACAACCUGACCUAUCAAACAAAAGCAAAUAAUGCCUGUCUCAGAACUGCUGGUCUAAAAGCCAGAAGGGGCACAACAAUGGAAAUUGCUGGAAGAGAGAGAAUGCUCUACUCUCUUUCCUGUGCCUACCUACCUGCAUCCUAAACCCUGUAAAACAGAAUUUCAAAAUAGAUGUCAAAUAUGAAGUAAUUCAGACUUCCAAAUAAGGAAAGAGUUCGCCCAGGGCAGUAUGAGCAAAUCCACAGGGAUGUUAAGAUUUGGUCCAACUCAAAGGUUUAUGGGCAGGGAGCCUAGAGUCUCUUGAGAGUAAGGCCCUGCGUUUGGGACAAGGAGAAUAUGUGAAGCUCAAGAGUGCUCACAGUAGAGAGCAAGACCCAGAAAAAAAUCCAAUGGCAUUUUAAACUAGAUUGCAUGAUUACCCAAUGCUGUUACUUUGAACAGACAAAUCAACUGGAUGGGAGGGCCAAUGGCAGAUGAACAAAAGCCGUUAGGUGAAAGCUAUCCCCAAUGUAUCAGUUGUGAGGUGAUUUUUGUGUAAUGAUGAUCAGGUUUACAUUCAAGUGGCUUGAAGGACUUAUUUCAGAGGAACUGAGUUUGCACUACAAAACUCUGAACACUAGAGCAGGUUCUACUAGCGCUUGGGAAGUAAGGUGAUAGGUGUGUAUUCUGCUAUUGCCACGGUUCUCAUCUUUGUGGAUUCACGUACCCUUUCCCAUGAGGAGCUUGCUACUAACAGGCUCCUUGUAUCUGUUGUUUUUAUAUGGGAGAAGAGAAAGAGCUUGGAAUUUCAAUUGUCUAAACAAGUGGUAUGAUUUACAAGGAGGCAAACCAUUCAAGAGAUGUUCAACAGUAUAUCAUUCUUAGCAUUCAAUACAGUGUUUAUUAUAAAA